UAUUAAUACCCGACCGCCUCCAUCGACACCGUCUUUCCUUCUUCUUUCCUUCAACUCACUAAGCCAUCACCGCUACUUUUAGUGACUUAACUCAGCUUUGACUUCGGUCGUCCACUCUUUCACAACGCUCUUAUAAGCCUUUCAGCUUUUACAUUCUUUUCACCUUUUCGAAGCCACUUAGACUACUUGUUCGUUUUACGUUCAAUAUCCAAAUACCUUCAAAAUGCGUUUCGCCGGAGCCGUUUUCUUCGCUGGUGCCGCUAUGGCCGGCAGCACUCUCUACGAGACUGACUAUGUCACCAUUACCUCUUGCGGUCCCACCGUCACCAACUGCCCGGCCCGGUCUACCGUCACCAGCAGCACCGUCUACCCGGUGUCCAGCUCCGCGACCGUCCCUGGAUACCCCGUCGAGACUCCUUCUGGUUCUCCUUCUGGUUCUCAGCCCGCUGAGGUCCCUUCUGCGUCCCAGCCUGGCUACCCCGCUGAGACUCCCUCCCAGUCUCAGCCUGCUGUCUCCAGCCCUGUCCUCAGCAGCAGCAGCGUCGCCGCCGUCGAGAGCAGCGCCAGCGUUGUUGUCCCUGCUUCCAGCUUCAGCACUGUUCCCUCUUACCCCGUUGCUACUCCCUCUUCGGCCGCUCCCGGAUCCCCCUCGGGCCCGGCCAGCUCCCCUGCCGGCUCCUCUGAGUCCGCCCCUGGCGUUCCUUCCGCGUCUGCUCCCUACCCUACCUCGGUGAUCCCCAUCACCUACACCACCUGUGUCCCUACCACCAGUGUCAGCUACUCCACUGUCACCGUCAGCCCUUCUGCUCCCGUCGGCACCGGUUCUCCUGUCGCUCCCGGUGCCCCUGGCGUCUACCCCACUGGCUCGUACACUGCUUCCAACCCUCCCACUAGCUCUUACCCCACUGGCAGCCCCAUCCCCACUGCUGGUGCUUCCACCAUGGCCGGCUCUGGUCUCCUCGCCGCCGCUGCCGGUGUCGCCGCUCUUCUCUUCGCUUAAGCGAACAAUCUUGGUUUUCUCUGUUAAUGAUUCGAAAGCCGUGAAGGCCAUGUCAAUAUGAGGCGUGAACUAGAACUAGAACGGUUCGGUUGCAUAUGUACUUAAUCCUUAAUAGCGUUGAUAGGCGUCGAAUGCCUACGAAAAUUACUUCAUUCGAUGUCUGUUUUCCAAUGGCUAGUUUUGAUUCGCUGUGAAUCUUGAGUGCUUAGAGUUGUAGUUUUGGGAUCACCUAACUACCUAACAGGGGUAAUCGUAAGAUUUCCUCU